UCUUUGCAGACCUUAGCCGUACAAAUAUUCAAUCGCGGAAGUGGUGGAUGUAUACUAGCUGCAAUAUAGUGUGUUUUGUGGUUCUCAGGGUUUUUACAAACUUAACACAUUUAGGUGAUCGUUUAAAAUGGAAGACGACGCGCCUGUAAUUUAUGGUCUUGAAUUUCAGGCAAGGGCAUUAACUGCCCAAACAGCUGAAACUGAUGCCAUUCGUUUCCUUGUGGGCACACAGUCUCUGAAGUUUGACAACCAGAUCCACAUCAUUGACUUUGAUGAUGAGAAUAACAUCAUUAAUAAGAAUGUCCUUCUUCACCAAGCUGGGGAAAUAUGGCACAUUGGUGCGAGUCCUGCAGAUAAAGAAGUGGUGACCACCUGCUACAACAAAACCAAUGACAGCAGGGUGGUGUCCUGUGCAGCAGUAUGGCGGAUGCCCUCCAAUUGGGAGAUAGGAAAUCACGAGUCACCUGACGAUUCAGCCCACAACCCCCAAACUCUGGAGCUGCUCUGUCACCUAGACAACAGUGCCCAUGGCAACGCAGCCUGCGUGCUGUGGGAGCCAAUGGGGGAUGGCAAGCGUGUGAUUUCAUUGGCUGAUAGCCAUGUACUACUCUGGGACCUGACUGAGAGCUCUACACAGGCCACAAUCUCCAGCACUGCUACGCUCGAGGGCAAAGGUCAGCUAAAGUUCACUUCUGGCAAGUGGAGUCCUCACCAUAACUGCAGCCAGCUUGCCACUGCCAGUGACACAGCCAUAAGAGUUUGGGACCUUCGCACCAUGAGUCAGAUUUACUGCAUCGAGAACGCUCAUGGCCAGCUGGUGCGUGACCUGGACUUCAACCCAAACCGACAGUACUAUCUGGCCAGCUGUGGGGAUGACUGCAAGGUCAAAUUCUGGGAUGUCCGCAACAUUCAGGAGCCCAUCAAAACACUGGAGGAGCACUCGCAUUGGGUGUGGAGUGUCCGCUACAACCAAAGCCAUGACCAGCUGGUGUUGACAGCCAGCAGUGACAGUCGCCUCAUCUUGUCCAAUAUGGUGUCCAUCUCCUCUGAGCCAUAUGGCCACUUGGUAGAUGACGAGGAGCUAAGCGAAGGAGAGGACAACCACCAGGAAGACAAGGGCAAGGAGCCUCUAAAAGACAGUGUGGUUUCCACCUACGAGGAGCAUGAAGACAGCGUAUAUGCAGCUGAAUGGUCAUCUGCCGAUCCAUGGCUCUUUGCCUCACUCAGCUACGACGGACGCCUUGUCAUCAACAGGGUCCCCCGUGCCCUCAAAUACCGUAUACUGUUGUGAAGGAACAAAUAGGUUGUAAACUUAUAGCUUUCACACCCAUAAACUGCUGCAGUAGACAUACUAUACAAAAGGAUAUUGUUGCAAAAAUUGUAAUUAGUGUAAAUACAGUAGAUGUCCUCAAUACUGCAAAGUAAGUAUUUCUGGUUAAUAGUUUGACUAACUGUGCUUCUUCAAUGUCAUUUUAGGAUAUAAAAGCAUUGUUUCACAGAAAUGUAAUUGUAUUUACCUCUGCAGAUUCCAUCAUAUCCUCAACAUAAAUGUCCUUCAGCUCUCAUAAUACAUUAGUCAGAAUAAUACUGUUGAGAAUUUAAAACAAACACAGAAUUCUUCCUGAAAGAAUGAAUGCUACGCUGGAAAAAAAAUGUUCAUUCAAGAUAUAAGCCUGUAUUUCACAUUACCAUUUGUUGUAAUAAAAAUCCCUGUUAUUUGACAGAUUUACCACCAAAA